ACAACACGCACCGGAAGUAGGAAGCCAAAUGCGGAAGCAUGCGAAGAGUGAGCCGGCGGUCCUGUGAGGAUGGCCCACUGCUGGAGGAACAGGAGACUGAGGGGCAACGGCAGCUGCACGGCCUCCUCCUGCAACAGCUCCACACUCAUGUCGACAUCGACAGAUGUGUGGCCAAGAAGCGAUGUUUCACCCCAGCGGCGCUUUAUCGGCCGUUCGGGCAGCAGGCCGCCGGUGUGAGGAGCCUCUCCCAAUUCCAGGCCCUGCAGGAUGGAGAGCAGGAGCUGGCCAGCUUGCGGGAGUUAGGUCUUACAGAAGCAGAGAUACAACUGUGGCAGAGCAGAGAUGAUCCAGACAUACCUGAGAAUUGUCACGGCGUGUAUGCUGCUCCCGGCAUCAAGCAAGAGCGUCUCCAAGUGAUCCGAGACAAGAUCGCAGUCAGAGAGGAAAUCCUGUCCCGCCCGCAACGCUUUGUCACCAGCCAGGCACUGUCACGGCGCGAGAUGGAGAUCGAACAGGCACUUUUCCAGGGAAACGAUCGCCGGGGUUUCCUCGCCGCACUUUACCACCAUGAUGAAAAUAAUCAAGAGGGUCAGCAGGGGGCGACAUCCUCAGAUCCAAUGGAGAAACUCUACAGAGAUCUCCUGACUAAGGAAGAACAGCAAGUGUCAGUAGAGGAGCCUCAAAUGUCACAUGAACCCACAUCUGUGCAGUCACAUGACCAAUCAGAGGGGCCUUCCCAAAAGGAGCUACGGGAGGAAAAGAGAAGCGUAUCAGAACAGUCAAAGUGUCAAGCAUCUACUUCGGUGGAGAUCAACAUAAGCCAGCCAAUAGGCAGUCUGUGUGGAGCGAUGACGGUGGGGUCAUGUGGCCCACUGACAGUCAAAGGGGAGGUUGCGACAAUGACAGAUGAAGAAAUUCUGGAGAACCGAGAAACUGAGGAGGGCAUCCGCAACAUCCCGAGGUUCAGGAACUACCAACCUGGAAAUCCCUCCAAAGUUUUAUGUGUGAAGAACCUGAGCGCACAGGCAUCAGUGGCUCAGCUGGUGGCACUGUUCUCCAGGUUCGAAUGGGCUAGUGGGCCCCCGGUGCUGUACCGACUUCUAACGGGACGGAUGAAGGGGCAGGCCUUCAUCUCACUGCCAGCACACUGUCCUCUGAAGGGAAAAAAAAAUCGUCAGGGAACCCAACCGGUCCUGGUGCCUUGUUAUUUGGCAUUUGCUGUAGAGCCUCAUAAAGAUCUGUUAGUGAAAUGGGUAAGUCCAGGGUUGUCACCUGAUCUUCUUCUAAUUUUGGUAAUUCUAUGGUGCUAAGAAAUGUUUCAAUGUCUGGAACAGAAGGCUUAAUCUGAGGUGUGUGUAGUUUUUUUAUAAAAGUCCCUAAAAACUGAAUUAAUUUCCUCCGGAAGGUGAGUGAUGUUACCUUCGGAGUUUCUAAUGGAGGAGAUAGAGCUUUUUUCUUUAUUAAGUUUUAGUUGGUUAGCUAAGUAUUUUCCAGAUUUAUUGGCAUGUUCAAACUUCUCCCAAACGUAGUCUUUGUAAUUGGAACUGAAUUUUCUUAUCAGUAAUUUCUUUUAAAUCUAAUUGCAAUUUUCUAAGGUUAUUAGAGUAUUCUCAUCUUGUGAAUCUGCAUAAGCGGUUUCAAGGAGUUUGAUUUUUUUUCUGUAAUUCCAAUAAUCUUUCUUUCUUUUUCUUAUAUGAUGAAUAGGAGAUCAUUUUUCCGCACAUUACUACUUUUGCUGUCUCCCAGAGAACACAAGCUGAGGUUUCCGGUUGGUCAUUAAAAUCUAAAAACGUUGUCCACUCUCUCUCAAAGUCCUUUAAAAAGUCUGGGUCUUUAAGCAAUGAUGUAUUAAAUCUCCAGCAUUUAGUAGGUGUACUUGUGGUUUGGUUAGUAAGAAAGAGAGAGACUGGUGCGUGAUCACUAAUAAUGAUAGGGUGUAUGUGAAUAUUUGAUAUGUCUGAUAAGAUUGAGCUACUUGUUAAGAAGUAGUCAAUAGGAGAGUAAGUGUGGUGCACUGGUGAGAAAUACGUACGUAUAUUCUCUGUGAGUAGGGUGAUAAGAGCGCCAAGCAUCAGAAAGACCAAAAUCAAUCAUAUAUUUCUUCAGUGUUGUUGUGAUUGAGACUCACGAUGUCCCCCAGCUGGGCUAGACCUAUCUAUAUCUGGAUUAAAUACCAAGUUGAAGUCCCCUCCCAAGAUCAAGCUUGAAUCCAGGUGUGCAGAGAGAGAAGAAAAAAAGCUGUGAAAGAAAGAGGGGUCAUCAACAUCCGGGCCAUAUAUGUUUUACAUUGUCAACAAAUGUGUGAAUUAUUAUAUAUCUACCUUCUAUGUCUGUAAUAUUGCUAUGCAGUGUAAAAUUGACCCUCCUGCUAAUUAAAAUGGCUACGCCCCUCUGUUUGGAGUUGUAAUUU